GGGCUCAGCUGUCAGUGCGCCUGCGCGGGAGGCCAGUAGGUAGCCAAUGCUCCCUGGACGCCCCGCUAGGGCCCUGCUGUCAGUGCGCCUGCGCGAGAGGCCAGUAGGUUGCCAAUGCUCCCCGGACUCCCCGCCAGGUCCCUCCUGUCAGUGCGCCUGCGCGAGGGCUGGGCGCCGCGGUUCUUGACUUUGCUGUGCCGGACGCCGGGUGUAGACAUGCAGCAAGCCGACUCUGAGCAGCCCUCCAAGCGGCCCCGUUGCGAUGACAGCCCGAGAACCCCCGCAAACACCCCUUCCGCAGAGGCAGACCGGUCCUUGGGCCCGGAACUCCAUCCCGACCACAAGACUUGGGGCCCGGAGCAGGUGUGCUCCUUCCUCAGGCGCGGUGGCUUCAAAGAGCCGGGGCUGAUGAAGAACAUCCGAGAAAAUAAAAUCACAGGCUCAUUACUGCCCUGUCUUGAUGAGUCUCAUUUUGAAAAUCUUGGAGUAAGUUCCUUGUGGGAGAGGAAGAGGCUGCUUAGUUAUAUCCAGCGAAUGAGUCAAAUCCACAUUGACACAAUGAAGGUAAUUAAUGAUCCUAUUCAUGGCCACAUUGAGCUCCACCCUCUCCUCGUCCGAAUCAUUGAUACGCCUCAAUUUCAACGUCUUCGAUAUAUCAAACAGCUGGGAGGCGGUUAUUAUGUUUUUCCAGGAGCUUCACACAAUCGAUUUGAGCAUAGUCUAGGGGUGGGGUAUUUGGCAGGAUGUCUAGUUCGAGCACUGUGUGAAAAACAACCAGAGCUGCAGAUAAGUGAACGAGAUAUGCUCUGUGUUCAGAUUGCUGGGCUUUGUCAUGAUCUUGGUCAUGGGCCAUUUUCUCACAUGUUUGAUGGACGAUUUAUUCCACUUGCUCGCCCGGAAGUGAAAUGGACACAUGAACAAGGCUCAGUUAAGAUGUUUGAGCACCUAAUUAAUUCUAAUGGACUCAAGGCUGUCAUGGAAAGCUAUGGUCUCAUCCCUGAAGAAGAUAUUUGCUUUAUCAAGGAACAAAUUGCAGGACCACUUGAAUCACCUAUCAAAAAAGAUUCUUUGUGGCCAUAUAAAGGGCGUCCUAAAGAGAAAAGCUUCCUUUAUGAGAUAGUGGCUAAUAAAAGAAAUGGCAUUGAUGUGGACAAGUGGGAUUAUUUUGCCAGGGAUUGCCAUCAUCUUGGAAUCCAAAAUAAUUUUGAUUACAAGCGUUUUAUUAAGUUUGCCCGUGUCUGUGAAGUAGAAAGCAAGUUGCAUAUUUGUACUAGAGAUAAGGAAGUUGGAAAUCUGUAUGACAUGUUCCACACUCGCAACUGUUUACACCGUAGAGCUUAUCAACACAAAGUUGGCAACAUCAUUGAUACAAUGAUUACAGAUGCGUUCCUCAAAGCAGACCCCUACAUAGAGAUUACAGGUACUGAAGGAAAGAAGUAUAGCAUUUCUACAGCAAUUGAUGACAUGGAAGCCUACACUAAGCUUACAGAUAACAUUUUUCUGGAGAUUUUAUACUCUACUGAUCCCAAAUUGAAGGCGGCACAAGAGAUUUUAAAAAGUAUUGAAUACCGUAAUUUAUACAAGUAUGUGGGUGAGACCCAGCCAACAGGACAAAUAAAGAUUAAAAGGGAGAGCUAUGAAUGUCUUCCAAAAGAGGUUGCUGAUGCUAAACCCAAAGUACCGCUAGAAGUAAAGCUGAAGGCUGAACAUUUUAUAGUGGAUGUUAUCAACAUGGAUUAUGGAAUGCAAGACAAGAAUCCAAUUGAUCAUGUUCGAUUCUAUUGUAAGAGUGACCCCAGCAAAGCAAUAAUGAUUACCAAAAACCAGGUUUCACAACUUCUGCCAGAGAGAUUUGCAGAGCAGCUGAUUCGAGUAUACUGUAAGAAGACAGAUGCGAAGAGUUUGUAUGCUGCACAACAACAUUUUGUUCAAUGGUGUUCCGACAAAAAUUUUACCAAGCCGCAGAGUCACAGGCACCCGGUACUGGUGGCAGGCAGAAGGGCCUCAACGUUCCAGAGCAAGCCAGAGGAAGAACGACGCUGCUCGAGUCUUUAUUAGUUCCGGUGCUCAAACCCAGGUUUCUAAGGUUUGACAAUAUUCUGAUAUGACCUUUGACCUGAAGGAGUAAGGUAAAUAUUGCUGUGGAAGAAAUUAAGACCAAGUUCAUGGUGCCGCUUGGAAUAGUGAUCAAGGGACUACCAGGAAUUCAUGGGGAAUACAAGUGCCAGAAGACCAAAGAUAGGUAAGAAUUAACCAAUUUUUUAGAAGAUGACAUUCCAUAACAAUAGGCUGGAGAGACAGAUUCCCCUGAAAAAGCUAUUCAUUUCAUUCAACAAUUUUUUUAAGCAUUUUUGCACCAGGCACGGUUUUUAGGCCCUGGGUAGAAUGGUGAACACAACAGACAAAAACCUCUGCUUCAAAGGACUCACUUUCUAGUGGGAGAAGGCAAGUAACAAAGCAAAAGUUCUCUGGCCGGGCGCGAUGGCUCAUGCCUCA